AUGUCAGUCCCUCCAGAACCGUCCAGCGCGGCGUCGUCGUCGUCCACGUCACCUGCAUCCAUGGGCACGUCAGCAAACGCCGCCGCCACGUCAUGGAAAUCUGAGAUGGAUGCAGCAGGAUUUUCGCCGAUUGCACCUGGAAGGAAAGACUCUACCACUGCUACAAAUGCACGGGAAACCACUAUUGUUAGGGAGGGUGCGCUGCGUGCGAAUAGUAGCAGUCGUGGAUUAGCUGGUCAGAUGGAGGAGAGGAAGAGACAAGAGCGAGAAGCUGAAGCACUCCAGCAACGGCUGUUGCAGCAGCAGCAGCAGCAGCAGCAGCAGCGGCAGCAGCGGCAACAAGAGCAUCUGGAACAGCAGAGCGAGGAGCAGAAGCAACAGGAGAUACAAGAGCAGAAAGAAGAGCGAUGGAGUUUGCCACGUGAGUUCCACAAGACCCAGGGACUGGCAACUUGGCACGGGGUCGGAAUUGGAAAGUCGUUGGAGCGUGAGGGGGGGGAGGAGGAGUGGGGGGAGCGGGGGGACGAGGAGGGGGGCGCGCAGGGGGAAGGGGAGCUACACCAUGGGGAGCGCACACGGGCGAGAGGGGGAAGAAGGGGAAGCGGCGGAGGCGGAAGGGGAGGGGGAAGGGGGAAAGGAGGAGGAGGUGCGAGUGGUGUGCGGGGGGAAGGUGGAUGUGGGAGUGAAGAAGGGGGGAAUGGCAAGAGGCAAAAGUAUGCCAGUACAAGUCAUUGGGAAGGAGCUGGAGGAGCAGGAGAAGGAGCGGAAAGAGAAGUUGCUGUUGCUUCUCUAGGCGGAGGGCAAGGGGCAGGAGAGGAGGAUGGGGCAGGAGGAGCAAAAGGCGCGACGGCGUCUGCCAUCCGAACGUCCUCGUCAGCAGGCCGAGCCUCAAUGCUAGGUGCGGCGGCGGCGUUGGCUCGGGACCGCCACUCCAAGGUGCCAACCGCCCGGGGCAUGCGCGAUAGGCGGGUGCGCUUAUCAGCCCCGGCCGCCACUUCUUUCUAUGAUGUGCAAGAUAGGCUCGGCGCGGAUACCCCCUCUGCUGCGCUUGAGUGGCUGCUGUAUCAUGCCCAGCAUGCCAUAGCUCGGCUGCCAAAGCAGCCUGCACGUUCGGGAGGACCAGGCUCAGCAGGAGGUCCGGAAGGAGUUGCGGGACUAGCCGCUGCUGCUGCUGCUGCUGCUGCUCUGACUGGCUAUGGCGCUCCUCUGUAUCCCAGUGCUCCUGGUCCUGCUGGCUAUGGCGCUUAUGCCAUGCCUCUGCCUUUCUUUGCCCCGCUUCUGUCUCUCCCACCCACUUCCAUCCCCCUUGCCCCUCUCACGCUCCCUCCCCGUUUCCCCUGGGACGAGGAGUUUUCUCUUCUGAGCUCUAGAGGGGGUAUAAAUGCGCCAGGUGCUCCUUCAGAUGAACCCUCAGGUGCUCCGUCUGUUGCUCCAGGUGGUCUUCCUGAUGUUCCAGGCGCCUUGGCUGUGUCUCGUCCGGAGCGGUUCUCUCCUGGGGGCAUUGCAGGGGUGAGCAGGGGAGGGUGUGGAGCAGAGGGUUACAGUGUAACGGGUUACACACCAGGUGGUUACAUGUCACAGGGUUACAUGUCACAUGGUUACAUGCAUGAGGGUUACAUGCCUGAAGGUCACCCACUAGGGGUUAGUGGGUACAACAUAGGAGAUUUGAGUGCUGGUGGUGGGUUUGGUGGGAGAGGCGUUGGUGGUGUGAGUGGUGCUGUUGGUGUGAGUGGUGCUGCUGGUGUGAGUGGUGCUGCUGGUGUGAGUGGUGCUGCUGGUGUGAGUGGCUUGGCAGGUGGGAGGAGGGUGGAAUCACGGGCGCAUGCAAGGGAAAGGGCUCGUACUCGUGCUGCUGCAGGGGCAACAGGAGCCUCUGCUGCUGCUGCUGGCACAGCUACCGCUGCUUCUUCUGCUCCUGCUCGCUCGCCAGUACCAUCAGCAGCAGCAGCCGCAGCAGCAGCCGCAGCAGCGGCGGCCGCAGCACUAUGA